ACGCCAAUGCACGCACAAACGAUAAGUGAAAGAGCUCACGGCGUUCUGUCAAGCUAAGUUAACCUCGUGGUGCAGUAGUAUUCAGGACAAAUGUCCAACUGGAUUAGUUACAUCGGGUAAAAUGAGUUUGCCCAGCUUUCACAGAACAGAAACAUGUUGAUCUCAUCUCCAAAUGCAAGAUUCAUUAACGUCCGACAUUAAGGCCCUUCGCCAUUUGCGAGUUGCUCUCGAGAGUAUUUCUCACCAAAUGGAUACUACUUCUCUGAGAGUUACCGUCCGAGAGCAUCGAUCAACUGUUUGAAAGAAGAAAGAAAUGGAGAAUACUGUCGCAAGAAACUCUCAAAUGGAGAAUGGCCUUUACGCUACUCGAAAAAAUGGCACAUAUACAUCGUGAUGGAGUACUGCGACGGCGGCGAUCUGUCGAGUUUUAUAAAGAGGAGGCACAAGCUACCCGAGAAAGUUUGCCGCCGAUUUUUGCAGCAGCUAGCGCUCGCCCUGCGAUACCUGCGCAACAACAACGUCUGCCACAUGGACUUGAAGCCGCAAAAUUUAUUGCUCGCUCGAAGGCCGCAGUUGACGUUAAAAGUCGGAGAUUUCGGUUUCGCUCAGUAUCUCUCGAAUUCGGAGCAAAAGUUCGCGAUCCGCGGCUCUCCGCUUUACAUGGCGCCGGAAAUCUUAUUGAAACACAAGUACGACGCGCGGGUCGAUUUGUGGAGCGUCGGCGUGAUCAUGUACGAGUGCCUUUUCGGCAAGGCGCCCUAUUCUAGCGGCAGCUUUCAGGAACUGGCUGAGAAGAUCAAGGACUGCAGGCCUAUCGAGUUACCGAAAGGAUCGCAUGUGUCGCCGGAGUGCAAGGAUUUAUUGAUGUCCUUGCUGAGGCACGACCCUCGCGAGAGGAUAACGUUCGAUGAAUUUUUCGCUCAUGAUUUCCUGGAUUUGGCCUACGCGCCAACAAAGGAAAAUUACGAGAAGGCGGUAGAAUUGAUUCAAAAGGCCGUGAAAAUGGACGCGGAGAAAAAUUCAAAAGAGGCUUUUCAUUUGUAUUGCGAGGCUCUCAGAUAUUUUAUUCCCAUUGUUACAAGUGAGACUGAUUUAAAGAGGAAAGAAAAUUUAAGAUCGCGAAUAAAUGAUUAUAUCAAAAGAGCAGAAACGCUGAAGGCGUCGUGUGCAGACACUAGCGACGAUAAAGAUAAGUGUGUUCCUGUGGAACAUAAAGGAAAUUCUAUCCAGAGGAUAUCAUCUUUAAACGAGCCGUCAUUCGUACAUCACGAGCUACGGACGCUUAGCAAAAGCACAAUCAGUAUGGCGGAUGGCCUUGAGAUAGGAGAGGUCGCCGAACUGUAUCUCGCGGAGGGAAAUUAUGCCCUCGGUUUAGAAAAAUUUCAGUCUUGUCUAGGAAUAUUGGUACCCCUUUUGGGAAAAGAACCUCCAGGCCGACGAAGAGAUUUAUUACACAAACAGGUACAAAUCUGGAUGAAAGAAGCCGAAAGUACCAAAGGGCUAUUAGCUACUAAAGAUAUCGAAGAGUCUGUACAACGUACCUCCGAUACCUCCAUUGAGCAAUGUACAAUGCAGUGAUUUAGAUUUUGCAUUUAACUAUAAUUAAUGUUAUCUACACUGGUAGAACAUUCGUGAAUUUCUUUUUCCUGUGCAUACCGUAUCACCUGUGUCAUAAUAUAUGUGCAUAUAUUUAGAGUGUUCAUAUUUAUUUAUAGAAAAAAAGAAAUAAUUUUGUAUUUCAUUUUUCAAUGCAAAUGACAUUCUACGGCAACAUUAAUAUUAUACAGCACGUAAAAGCUGCAAUAUG